UCGUGAAUGCUAUGCCUUCGACUUGUUGUGUUUUCUGUUACUCGCAUCGCCAUCUUGUUGCAAGUCAAGUAAUGAAUAUCUGAGGAUUUUCUGAAGAGCGUUGGAUAGUUUAUGACUCUCUUUGGACCCCUUUGUAUUAUAGUGCGAUUGAGCAACUUCGGACACCGGCAACAGGGGCCCCGCUUGCAUUUUUAAAUAGACCGCAUUGUAUCGGUGUACGAAAUGAGUAUCGAUACGCUGUUGGAGGCGGCUAGGUAUCUGGAGUGGCAAGCCCAGCAACAACAGAUUACACGUGAUGAGGAGGAGCGGCGAGAGAGAGCCCUCUGCUCCCUUGGGUCUGAGGUGAAGCGACCUGAGGUCACUGCCUUGCCUGUCCAGCCUGUGCACGUCAACCAUGUGACCUGGGCUGACGAGACACGGGCGGAGCCCCACCGUCACAGACCCCACCCCCCAGCGCCGCCCCCUCCCAUCCCUCCAUCAGUCCCCAUCACUGUCAUCCCCUUCCCCAUAGUCUCUACUAACCCUGCAGCACAGGCCCUCCACACCGCCUCCUCCAUGACCCCCUUGGCAACAGCUCUGUCCCCCCAAACUGCCCCUCUGUUCAGCUCUGCAGUGAAGGAUGCCUAUUCUCCCCCCCAGCAGCACCAGCACCAGCAGCAGCAGCAGCAGCAGCAGCAGCAGCAACAACCACAGCAGCACCUGUUGACCCACAUAAAGACGGAGGCUGGCCCUCCCCUGCCUCUCUCUGGGAGUAGCCCCAAACAACAGUCGCAGGCCUUGCUACAGCCAUAUCCGGCCCCUGUCAUCACUGCCCAGCACCCAGCAACCAAGCAUGCCCUGUUGCCUCAGCCUGCCCUGGCCCCACCCCAGGGCCAGGCCACACAACCAGCCAGACCCAAUGGUGCAGCCUUGGAGGACGCCCGUGGCCUGGAGGGGAAGAGGCGACCUGGAGGAGCUGGAACCAGAGAGGUGCACAAUAAGCUAGAAAAGAACAGGCGAGCACAUCUGAAGGAAUGCUUUGAAACCCUGAAGAGGAACGUUCCCAACGUGGAUGAGAAGAAGACCUCCAAUCUGAGCGUGCUCAGAAGUGCCCUGCGCUAUAUCCAGACACUGAAGCGUAAGGAGAAGGAGUACGAGCACGAAAUGGAGCGGUUGGCACGCGAGAAGAUCGCCACCCAGCAGAGGCUGGCUGAGCUGAAGAACGAGCUGAGCCAGGGCAUGGAUGUCAUGGAGCUGGACCGCAUCCUACGGCAGACAGCCCAGCCCGAGGACGACCAGGCCUCCACGUCGACGGCGUCAGAAGGUGAAGACAACUUUGACCAGGAUGUGGAGGAUGACAUCCUGCACUCCACUCACCCAUCAGUCGGCAGAUCCCAGCCGGCCCCCUCUGAGCCCCGUGCUCCAGUACCGCCAGCCUCUGCUCUCCCCUCUCACAUCUCCAUCCAGCAGAAGCCCUCAACCCCACCCUCUGCCCCCCCACCCCAGCCACAGGCGCCGGUGAUGACCCCCCAGGCCAUUGCCCCAGCACCGCCCCCGCCGGCCCACAUUGUCUCCCCUCCUCAGCCCACAGUCAUCGCCCACGCUUCUGUGUCACAUGCAUCCGUCAUCCAGGCCGUCAACCACGUGCUGCCGGCCGGCUCCAAGCACUUAGCCCACAUAGCGCCCUCUAGUCAGCCAAUUGGACACAUCACUGUGCACCCGGUCGCCCACCUACCCACUGCGCUCUACCCACAGUCAGUGGCCGUCUCUCAGCCAGCAAUGGUGGGCCACAUUACACACACACUUGCCCACCAUCCACAGGCCCAUGGCCAGAUCAAUGGCACAGCAGGGCAACCCCCGCAGGGGGCAGUGGUGGGUAAACCCACAGCCGUGGUGGCCCACCAUCACGCUGGGCUGGUGGGGCAGACCGUGCUUAACCCAGUGACUAUGGUAACCGUACCACCCUUUCCUGUGAGCACGCUUAAGCUAGCAUGAGAUAGAAAUGCGGAAGGUAGACUGUGUGAAAGGUUGCUUGGAAGGUUGUAGGGUCUCCUGUGCAUGAGGACCAUGAGAAACAGCUUGAUGGAUCAGUCAGUACAGCACAGAACUUUAUUGUUUUUGUGUGUGAAGACAAAAUGUAAGAGGUAUAUCAUUGUGAGAGUGCCUCCUGCCAAAGGUAAUAAUGGGAGUUUGAGUCUCGCUGACUUAAGUGUGGAGCUGUAAAAGGAGGGGACUUUCUUGUGUUUUGUUACAAAGACUGAAUGAGUAAUGUGUAAUGCACUUGCAAGCUUAAAAUCAUGAAACCAGUUUUUAAACAAGUGAAUGGAGUGCUAAAAAUUGAAGCAUUUGUUUCUCUGCCUCUCUGUCCCUUUUAUCUGCUCCUCAGAUUAAGUAAUGUACUGAAACUUCUCAGGCACUUUUUCAUCCAGUCACCAAAAAAGAAGAAAGGAAAAAAAGUAAAAACAAAGUGAAACAAAAACAAAACACAAAAGACCAGAUUCACAGCACAGCGGAACUUCUGGCGUGUUGCAUUUGUCAUGUUAUUGUCUCAGAAAAUCUUAGUAAUAACCAGACCUCAAACUGAGCAGAUGUGUACAUGAUAAACAUACAAGUGCCUAGCCCCUGGUCUAAGUCCAAUGGCGCCCUCUGCUGCCUAAAUAUGGUUGAAGAUCAUUUUUCUGAUAUGAAUAUGUGACUGUAGCUGUAAUGUCCUUUUAUCAAUGUUCUCUACAGACUGAUUAUUUCCAACUAGAUGUCUGUACAGAGCAAUGAAACACUCAGCAACCAGGAGAGCACUGACACAUUCAGACUAUAUUCAGCAAAUUAUACGUUUGGCAUUUAUAUGUACAAAUUCCAGUGCUAUAACUUAUAAGAAUUUCUUAAAUAUUACAUCCUGUUGAUUUAAUUGUUAUUAAUCUUUAAUAUUGCAUUAAUCGGCUCCACAAAAAUACAGAUGCAAUAUAGCACUGGACUUGAUAUUGUUUAAAUAUAUCAAAAAUAAUUCUUAAAAAAAAAAAUUACUCACACAGGCAAUCAAUCUGAUGUAGUUCUACUCAUUGUACCAUUUGUGUGGAUGCCAGUAUAGUGCGUAUGUGAGAGCUUGCCCCUGUAUUCUUUUCAGUUUUUUUUUUGUUUUUUUUUUGGGGGGGGGGGUCUGUGUGGUUGUGGUUGUGGGUGUGGGUGUGGGUGUGUGUGCUCUCAUUUGUAUAACUUGAGAAAAUUAUUUUCUAUGUUUGGAUUUUAUGCCUACAUGGUAAUCCUCUGUUAAUUUUUCCACUUUAAAUUAGUUCCUGUCUCCCUAUAUUUGCAUCAUGUUUUGCUCACCACUUAACAUCCAUGUAACACCCUUCAUUAUAUGCUGCUUCCUUUCGGUCAUUUCAUAGUUUAACUUCCAUAGUUCUUUAACUCUUGCAGUGAUGGUUCCUCUGCCAAAAUUCUGACCCAAGUUUUAAUGUUGCGACUACGGCAUGGGGAAUGCUACCCUACUAAAGGUGGUACAAUGCUGUGACGUAGUGUUUCAUUGCUACGUACUAUCGAUUUCAGCCAGAACACUGUGAUGCCCUGUUCUUAACUUCCAACUACUCCGACAAAAACGUGCAAAUCUGAGGCUUUUGGUUUACAUGCCUAGGUGAGAAAGAUGACUGUAUGCUUAUGUCCACUUCAGCUGUGAAAACAUUGCCCUAUAUUUGGUGACCCAGAGAUACACAGAGAUGUGCUCAGUAAAAAAAAACAAACAAACAAAAAACCCCAAAAAGAACCCCAAUAGCAGCAACAAAAAAUUUAAUUAAGGGGAAAACGCAUUUAAAAAAUUAGCCUGACAUUUGUAAAAUUUAGUAGUGUUUUUGUUUCCUUUUUUAAUAUGUCUGUGUAUGUGUAUUAUAAAUGUGAUGUAUAUGCACGCAUUCACAUAUACGUCUGUAUUUGAAGAUUAUGCUGUUGCCUGGUUUUGCAUGUAGAUUGCAAUUUUUGUUUAACAUUGAAUCCCCCACCCCCUUAAUCUUUUGGGACCAUGUUUAAUACUGUAUGAUGUGGUGGGGACCAUUAGACCUCGUUCUACAUUGAUAUUAUAUAUAAAUAUAUAAAAAUCUGCAUUUUCCCUAUGGAGAAAGUUUAAGUUAUAUAUCGCCUGUACAUUUUGGGCUGCAUUAAAAUCUUAAUUGUCCACCAUGUUUAAAAGAAAUAACAGUAAUGUUGAAAUAUGCUAGAUUAAUUAAAAAACAUAAUGACUAUUCAUAAUAAAUCUUAUGACAUUUA